GCAACACUAGUCAGCUAGCAAGCGAAAAGUUUUUGUGUGUUUAUUUUUUAUGGCUGGUUAAAAAUUAAUUACAAAUGGACUUGUACGAUGAUAUUGAUGCCAAGCCGCGUGCCAGCCAAAUGGAUGGCUGGUCAUCGGGCAUCAAAAUGCUGCAAACACAGCUGGCCGUGAAGAAAGCCCAAUUGCCCAACAAGCCCAAGCCAAGAGAUCAAAUCAAGAAACCGUUAAUGACGCCAGUGGUUAAUUUGCGCGCCAGACGCAACACAGAUGCGGACACUGUGCCGGUGACUGUUGUCGCGAAGCCAAUCAUUACCAGCACCACAGUGGCUCCAGUGGCGCCCAUCUUGGAGAGCAUCAAAACCGAUGAUUGGGACUUUGUGGACGAGUACGAUCCGCAGUGGCCCAACGAGUACGAGAAACUCAAGGAGAAGACCAAGAGCAGCGAUAAAUCGCGCAAUACUGGCGUUUCCAGCGGAACUGGAAUUGCUGGUGGCAACAACAGCAAUCGCGAGGAUCGCGAUCGUGAUCGUGAACGAGAUCGAGAUCGGAAACGGAAUCGCAUUGGACGACGGGAACAACAGCACAACAAUCAAUCGCACUCUCCGCCACCCAUGAAAUUCAGCGGAUUUGGUCUGCGCCAGAGCGAUGAGGACAGAUAUAGUCCGCCCGCGCCUGGAUCGGUAGCCAAGCAGGGCGGUGGUGCAGCGAUAGCACCACCGCCGUCCCUAUCCAUCGAUAAUGGUGAUGGUGCCUCGAAUGUGACCAUACCCUAUUCGGCCAGUUCGGUGGCUGCAAAGAUAAUGGCCAAGUAUGGAUUCAAAGAUGGUCAGGGUUUGGGUAAAUCGGAGCAGGGCAUGUCGGUGGCACUGCAAGUGGAAAAGACAUCAAAGCGUGGCGGUCGCAUCAUACACGAGAAGGAUGUAUUCUUGCCGCCACUUGCCACGGCACCCUCAUCACCACCACUCGCCCAGUUGCCUGGAGUGAAUGCAACGCCGGCUGUUUCGAGUCCUAAUCCGGCGGCUGCUGCUGCUGCCAUGCCACCGCCAGCCAUGCCGCCACCAAGCUUAGCACCUCCAGCAGCAGCAGCGGCGGCCGUCAGUGAUCCUGAGCCGAGCAUAACGGAGAUCAUGAAGGCGCCGAGUAAAGUUGUCCUGCUGCGCAACAUGGUCGGGCCGGGCGAUGUGGAUGAGGAACUCGAGCCGGAAGUUAAGGAUGAAUGUAACACCAAGUAUGGUGAGGUAAACAGUGUAAUCAUACAUGAGGCAUUUGGCACAGUGCCCGAGGAUGCUGUCAAAAUAUUUGUCGAAUUCAAACGCAUCGAAAGUGCCAUAAAAGCUGUUGUGGAUUUGAAUGGUCGUUUCUUUGGUGGUCGGCAAGUGCGUGCGGGUUUUUAUAAUUUUGAUAAAUUUAAGAGUUUUCAGCUAAAUUAAGUUAAUUAAGCAAAUAAAAAAUAUUUAAAUGAAUUU